UGUCUCCAGGUCCUGCUUUCAUAAUCCAGUGACCCUGUCCCCACCCCCUCUAACUCUGCUCUAUUAUCCUGUGCUCUGGAUCCUGGUCUCUGUCAGUCUAUGGUCUCUGUACUGUACACCCUCAGUGAGCACAUCUAAUUUGCUGGUUCCUCGGGUGGGCGGAGCAGCAGCAGAACUCUGCCCGGCCGCACAGCGCUGCUCUCGGCUCAGCCUCGCGCAGGUCCCGGUCCCUCUCUGGUCCCUCUCCAUUCAUGCGGACCCGGCUGGAGAUUUGGUGGUCGACUGUAGCCGGUGUGUGAGUGGACCAUGGCUGCUAAAGAGGACCUCUACAGUAAAAUCCUUCCUCGGAGGCUCCGGCAGAACCGGCCGGGCUCAGUGAAGACCGGAUCCUCCAACCUGGACGUGCUGUUAUCUAUGGGCUUCCCCAGACCCAGAGCACUGAAAGCUCUGGUGUCAACAGGAGGUCGGAGUGUGCAGGCAGCAUGUGACUGGCUGUUCUCCCACGUGGAUGACCCGUUCCUGGACGACCCCCUGCCCAGAGAGUUUGUCCUCUACCUGCGACCCAGCGGACCUCUUCAGAACCAGCUCUCUCACUUCUGGCAACAGAGUCGAGUCACAUGUGGCAAAAACAAAGCUCACAACAUCUUCCCUCACAUCACCCUCUGUCAGUUCUUCAUGUGUGCAGACCACAAAGCAGAAGCCUUAUGCGAGGCGCUCAAGGCCAGCGUCCAGCAGUGGCGGGGUCGAUUCCCAAGCCCUCUACCUCUCGAGCUCUACACGUCCUCCAACUUCAUCGGCCUGUUCGUGGAGGAGCAGGUGGCCGACGUGCUGAAGCAGUUUGCGGCUGACUUCGCCGCAGAAGCAGCCCGGAAGGCAGUCCACGUAGAGCCUCACAAGAAGCAGCUCCAUGUAACUCUGGCCUACAACUUCCCCACCAAUCACCUCCCAUCUCUGGAGAAGCUGGCCAAAGGCAUCGAGGUGAAGCUGGGCUGUGAUUGGCUGGCGGUGCUUUUCUCCCGGGACAUUCGAUUUGCAAACCAUGAGACCCUGCGUGCGAUGUACCCCUACCUCCCUCAGAACGAGGACGAGCUGGAGCUGGUUCCAGGUGAUUUUGUCUUUGUGUCUCCGGUGGAUCAGGGCAGCACCAGUGAGGGCUGGGUGUACGGGACCUCUCUGGCUUCGGGGCUGUCCGGCCUGCUGCCCGAGAACUACGUCAGCCUGGCCGAUGAGUCUGAGACCUGGGUCUUCCACGGCUCCCACUCGUUCUUCAGCUGUGGGCCCAGUGAAAGGACGAGCAAGGACAGAGGGAUGUUUGACGGACUGCUGGACAGCCGACGCACUGACAACACGAGUCCUGGAGACACACCCACCCUCAGUCUCAUCUGUCAUCCUAUGCAGCAGGUUCUGCGGAUCAGUGGGAGUCACUCGCGGCAGCCAAAGAGGACGCUGUUUGUGUGCAGGCACGGGGAGAGGAUGGACGUGGUCUUUGGCAAACACUGGCUCACGCUCUGCUCCGACAGUAAAGGUAGAUAUGUCCGUUCCAAUCUGAACAUGCUUCCCAGUUUGCCGCUCUGGGGCGGACAGAGAGAUUAUGACAUGGACGCUCCGAUCACUGUGUUUGGAUCCACACAGGCGCGACUAGUAGGUGAGGCCCUGUUAGAGAGCAACACAGUGAUAGACUUUGUGUACUGCUCUCCCUCCCUGCGGUGUGUUCAGACUGCACAGAACAUCCUGAAGGGCCUGCAGCAGGAAGGGAAGAUGAAGGUGCGAGUGGAGCCGGGGCUUUUUGAAUGGACCAAGUGGGUUUCUGGGAACUCGCUGCCUGCGUGGAUUCCUCCCUCUGACCUGGCUGGGGCGCACUUUAGCGUGGACACAACAUACAGACCUCUGAUCCCUGUCAGCAAGCUCACUGUGUCCGAACCCUUUGAGACCUACAUGAGCCGGAGCUACCAAGUGACCAAAGACAUCCUGUCAGACUGCAAAAACACUGGAAACAACGUACUGAUUGUAGCCCACGCGUCCUCCUUGGAGGCCUGCACGCGCCAGCUGCAGGGCCGCAGCCCACCGAGCGUCAAGGACUUCAUCCAAGUAGUCCGAAAGAUCCCGUACCUGGGCUUCUGCUCAUCAGAAGAGCAGGGGGACACGGGGGUGUGGCAGUUAGUGGACCCUCCCAUCCUCCCCCUCACACAUGGACCAAACCACAGCUUUGACUGGAGAGAGACGCUUCUGCAGGAAUGACACCUGCCUGCUCCGCCGGCCUCAUCAUACUGUAGUCUCACAGAGAAAGUUCCAGACUAGUGUCCACUGAAAUCCUGGAUCCUCUCUGAGUGCAGCUGCAGAGACGUUUCCUGCCUGAAGACGAGGAGCUGAGAACCAGCCGGGGGGAGCUGUCCGUUUAGCAAAUACUCUCGUCACAGUUUUAUCGUCAGCUGUUCUCAAAGCUGGAUCAUCCCAGUCUCAGAACAUUUAGUGAGAUCAGCAUGUUUUUUAACGUGUGCAGUGUACACGAGUAGUGAGAAGGAUCUGAAUGUAUAACAUGAAGUGUGCAGAGCUGCAGUGUCAUGUGAUGCUGAUGUAAUGACGUUUAAAGCAAAAAAAGAAAGAGAACAUUGAAGAUCUUCAGCUCCAUCUAUCCGGUUUUAUUUUCUGCUUGAAAGUCGGGUAGAUUCAAGUUCAUGAAGCCAAACAGUUCAAAUCCAGAACAUAUCAGCUGUGUUACUUCGUGUUUGUGUCCCUUGCAGAAGUCUACAUUGACUUGUUGAAACGGGCUGUUUUAGAUCAUCAACAGAAACAUUAGGUGGUAGUUUUAGAAACUGAUUUUUGUUAGAGUUAAAAUCAGACGGUGUAUUAAAGAUCCAGAUCUCCUGACCCUGUGUUAGAAACCACACCUCAAAGCCAACUCUGCUUAGCAGUCAAUCUGACUUUCGAUGGCACCAUAAUACUCAAACUCAUCAUGCUCAGUUAAAGCUCCUGUGAGGAACUUUAGCUUUGUGUUGAUUUUUGGCGCCCCCUGUGAUCAAAGUGUUAUGUCCCACCUCUUUGUUGUUAUGCUCUUUACAUAUGCAACAAAAAUAUCUGCUCUUUCUGACAGUCAAAUGUUUAAUUCACUGUGAAUUUUUAUGACUUUUCUUCAGGGUCACAUGGUCUGACAGCAGCCCCACUGCAGAGGGUUCAGACAUUAAAAUAACUUCACUAAAAUAAUCCAUCUGGGGUCUUGUUUGCAAAUUAUAAAGAGUUAUCUGCAUCAUUUUCAGUCUGUUUCAUAAACAGCUCCUCACAGGAGCUUUAAAGAAGACGUGAAACUACGGAUAGAGUCCAUGGAUCAAUAAGGAAAGUGUUUACUGAGACACAAAUUUGACUAUAUCUCAUCUGGUUUGAAUAAAUCUGAGCCAAUGACUCCCCCUGCUGGUCAUUAGAUAGAAUGCAGCUUAAAUCUAUGAAAUGUCUUCUCCUUUUACAGGGUAAAGGGUUAACAUAUUCAGUCAAUGUUGACGAUGGUCCCACAUGGGUUUCUGUAGUUUUUAUUUAAUUAUUAACUUCAAUUACCGCUCUAAAGGCCAGGGCAGUGGAGAGCUCUGUCUGUAAUAAAAGAGUUUACUCUGCGCUCAGCAGGAACUCCACGGCCUCUCAUCGCCAGGAUUAAAACAAGUCAUGUAGAUUUUUCUUUUUAAAACAGGUCAUCCUCUGUCCAGCCUGAAGGAGAACUCAGACUCAGCUCACUUCAUGUCUCCAUCAGGGACUCCCCAGAUACUCCAAACACACCACUUUCUCUCUAGUUUGGCACCUUAUGUAGCACAUCCAGUCCAGCUGUCCCUGACGUUGAUGUCGUGUCUGUCAAAUGAAGCAGCAGCAGCGACUUCAACAGCACAACCUGCACUAAAGACAAUCACACAGGAGUUUGUGAUUGUGUGUUGUUACGUGUAGUCCAGAGGUUCAGAGUAGCUGUAAAUACUCAUAUUUUCAGAAAUGUCUUCCGGCUGCUUUUUUUUUUUUUUUUUUUCAAAUAUUUCAUGCAAAAUGUAAAGAAAAGAUUUUAACUUUUAAUCGCAUGCAAGAAUUUAUUUAUGCUCUUUAUCUCAGGUGUUGACUGCAUUUCAGAAGUGAACGUUUGCAGUUUUGAGACGUGUGACAUUGAGCUGCUGUGGUGAAUAUGAGACUGAAUAUGAGAAGAGUCCAUCAUCGUGGUGUUAUGUGUUUUUGUGGAGACAGAAAAGCUCAAUAAAUGCUUUCACUCAUGGGUGUUUGCUCACUUCCCCUAAAGCCACCCCUGCUGAGGUCAGUGACCCAGUCAAAAAAGUCUGGACACACCCCUUGUCCCAAAACAGACACCCCCAAAGGUGAAUCCAAAUACUAAAGCAUUUUAUUUUUAUGUUAAAAAAUAAAAUGUUUGAUUAAUUUAAAGAGUGAAACAGAAGAAGAAGAGAGCGAUUCAAACAAGAAGCCAUGAUGUUCUUAUAUCUUUAUUUAUUGAACACAUCACCAAACAUGUGCAGCAGCUCACUUUAAGUCACCUUCAUGAUUUAUUUAAGAUGACGUGUGAGCAGGCUUCUUAUACAUUUAUUAUAGUUUUUCAUUUCUCCUCUGUCGUUGUGUCUGAAGUUUGACAAAGAGAAAUACUUUGAUGAAUGCCGGCCUCAGGAGGAAAAGGAGGAAACGUCACCAUGUGAUCUGUGAUGAGUUAUCAUUCACAGUCUGUGUUUGUUCUGAUGAAACAUUCAAUAAAAGAUUUUUCUACAUAGCAAUAACA